AUGUCAUCUGACCCAAUAUUGGUUAAAAAAAAGUUGUUGCAAAUUGCUUCAACAGGAAAAUAUGCCACAUUUACUCCUGAGCAAUCAUACACCCAUUACGAAGAAUUACAAGAUUUUUUGGUAUUAAAUCAAGAUUCUUUAUUAGAUUCGAUUGAAUUGUUUAAUCUAUACGAACUCCAAUUUUAUUUAUCGAUUUUGACAUUACACGAUAUUGAAGCCAAAAAUGUAUUAGAUAAAAUAUGUGAUCAAUUUGAUUUUAAAGAUAGUAACAAGAAUAAAGGGAGGUCACAGAGAAUUAAAAUUUUACAAAGUGUAUAUGCUGAACUGAAAGGCGAAAUUGAAACGGCAUCAAAAUUAUUGAGUGAAGACCCCGAUGAACUUAGGCUACUGAGGCGUUUAACAACACUAAGCAGACAUGACAAAAACCUCACCAAGUACAUUAAUAAUUUGAUAUAUUAUUUGAAUUUACAACCUAGCGAUUUGAUUGCAUGGGCCGAGUUGUCAGAUCAGUAUCAAAAAUUGGGCAAUUAUGACAAAUCAGUAUAUUGCUUAAAAGAAGUGGUGUUGCAGAAUCCUUUGGCUUAUCCUAUUUUUUACAAGAUUGGUUUAUUAUACUAUUAUUUGUUUUUACAGCAAGAGGGUAAUUUGAAAACUGAUAAAAAGGAUAAAUUGUUUGAAUUGAUGAAGAUUUUGAUCAAUUCUAGAGACAACUAUUUGUAUUCACUUGAAAUUAAUGAUAAAUAUGAAAAGAACUGGGUUGGUUUGAAAACAAUUGUGAGUUUACCGUUCAAUGAUAAGUUAAAAAAGAUCAGUGAAAGUAGUAAAGAAAUCAAGGAUUAUUUGAACCAUAAUGAAAAGUUGAAACCUAUAGUUGAUCGUAAAUUAAAGGAAUUGAAUAUAUCAAUAUAA